AUGGGAUGGGAUCAAUGGGACGGGACGCGCUUCAUCGGCAACAUUCUCGCCGAGCGCCUCUUUGGGGGGCUUCUGUAUGUUCCAGUUCCCUUUGGGGGGCACCCACGGGAACAGCUAUGGGGGUUAAGCCGCCUGGAAAACUCCCGUCCAGUCAACGAACUCGGCUCCUCGAUAGCGGCACACACAACACACUCACCUGGACUUCCAAGGUUGUUCACACACCCCCCCAAAAAGCAAAGCCGCAGCCCCCCCGUUCGCCGCCUGCGCUGCCAUUGGCGCUCUGCUGGGCCUACUCGGAUGAUACGGCCGGAAGGGCCCGCAAGGCGACCGUCGCUCACGCAGAUGCCAGAUGCUUGGAUGCCGAUUUUCCGUGAACCAACACUCGAGUCGACAGGAGGUUUUGCAAGGCGGGGAACAAGGGCAUCCGAAGAUGGGCCAAAACGGGUUCAGAAACUGUCUCGUCUCUCUGUCUGUCUCGCCGGUCUGUGUGUCUGCCUUGUCUUGUGUCCCGGGAGUCGGUUGUCUCUCUUCUUCCUCUUCUUCUGCUUCUUCUGCUUCUUCUGCUUCUUCUGCUUCUUCUUUCUCUCCAUCAUCCAUCAUUCUCUUUCCCUGAACCAUCAUCGAUCGAUCGAGCGAGCAAAGCAUUCUUCGUCCGUGUCCGUCCCGACUCAACCAAGGCGCUCUCCAUUUCUGCCCUCCGGCCGCUCUGCUCUGCCCUGCCCUGCCCUGGCCUUGCCUGGCCUGCUCUCGCUUUUGCCGCUUUUGCCACGACUCGCGAUUCGAAGCUCCUGCCCUGCCAAAUUCCGAAUCCGAAGCCGACCAGCAAAAACUUCCACCGCGCAUACAUACUUCGCUGCUCCUCCUCCUCAGGACAACAAGACGGGGCAUGAUCAUGGCUUGAGCCUCCCGUCGUGUCGAGGACAGCGCCCCAUUCUUUUCGAGAUCGCAUCCUCAUCGCGAACCGAAAUCGAAAUCUGA